AUGAAUGCCGUCAUCUACUCAGUAGCACGCAUUGCGAUGCACCACAGACGGGACGUUUACGCUGUGUACGAAGGCUACCAGGGCCUAGUGGACGGGUCAGAGAACAUCCGUAAGCUGCAGUGGGACGAUGUGGGGCUGAUCAUGCACAGAGGUGGCACCAUCAUAGGCUCGGCUCGGUGUCUGCAGUUCCGAGAGCGCAAGUGGCGUAUGGUGGCGUGUAAGAAUCUGAUAAAGAAGCGCAUUACUAACCUAGUGUGUUGUGGAGGGGAUGGAAGUCUGACUGGAGCCAAUCUAUUCCGCCUGGAGUGGUCGUCGCUCGUUGAAGAGCUUCUGGCCAAUGGAGAGAUCACUCAAGAGGCAGCAGAUGCAUGCAGCCAUCUCAAUCUCGUGGGGCUGGUUGGCUCUAUAGACAACGACAUGGUCUACGAAG